UGCCUGAACAGUGGCUGCAUUCGUCGCAGGAGUUGGCUGCCACGUAUUUGGCAUUUCUGCCAUGUAUUUAUUUUUGGUACAGUAUUUUAUGGAAAGGGUUUAAUUAGCUCUCUGUCAAAUUUGUGAGUAAGUGACCUAUCGCCUCUCAAAAUGAUUAUUUUUUCUAUUCUGUCGAUAUUCGCCUCAUUGUUUGUGUUUGUCACUGGGAGGAAACUGCCCGAGCCAGAAGUUAAAAUUGAAGUUUUACAUAAACCCUUCAUGUGUUACCGCAAGUCAAAAUAUGGAGACAUGCUUCUCGUUCACUACGAGGGAUUCUUGGAGAGUAAUGGCACCAUGUUUCAUUCCAGCCGCAAAGACGGGGAUAAAAAUCCAGUAUGGUUCACUCUCGGGAUCCGAGAGGCGCUUAAGGGUUGGGAUAAGGGUCUGAAGAACAUGUGCACAGGAGAGCGCAGGAAGCUGACCAUCCCUCCAUCUCUGGCAUAUGGCAAGGAAGGAAAAGGCAAGAUCCCUCCAAGCAGUACUUUAAUUUUUGACAUUGAGCUCAUAGACAUUCGAAAUGGGCCGAGGUCACAUGAGUCCUUCCGGGAGAUGGAUCUCAAUGAUGACUGGAAGCUCUCCAGAAAGGAGGUGAAAGAGUACCUGAAGAAGGAAUUCGAGAAACAUGGAUACUCACCUAAUGACACACAUCAUGAAGUGAUGGUAGAUGACAUCUUCAAAAAUGAGGAUGAAGAUAAAGAUGGUUUUAUAUCUGCAAGGGAAUUCACCUACCAACAUGAUGAGCUGUAAAGGACUGAUUUCGACAAGUUUUUUUUAAACUACCAGAAUGCUUGUUUUAUGAAUUACCAUCAAAACAGUCACAUGAAUUGAGGAAUUAGUGAAUUAGUCUCUGGGCUGCCUUAAAUGCACCUCUUUCAAGGGCUUGUUAUUGUAUACUUUUGAACAGUAUUGUCUUAUUUUUGGUUGAACAUGAAUACAUCAGCUCAUUUUAUGUAAAAUUACAUCCAUAAUGUAUUUGUUUACUGUUUACAUGCACUGAUAAUGUACCCACAUAUGUAUUUAGGCUACAGUUUGUUUUUUUUUCAAAUAAACAGGACAUGUUAGUUAUCUGAACAAUUUGUGCACUGAAAAAUGAACGUGUGUGUUCUCAGCAACAGGGGGAUGUGAUACUAUAUGAUUUUUUGUGCAUGUCGUUAUUAGUCACUAGAGGGCACUGUUGUCCUUUAGGUUUGUAUCACAUUUAGAAAUCUUAAAUCCCUACAGCUACAAUAUACCCUGAGUAGCCCUCGUCUUUAAGUUUUUAGGUGCCAUACUGUUUAUGGCAGACCAAAUUAUCAAAAUGAGAGUACAGCCAAAUAUACUAUCACUUUUUACAGAGAGUAAAUCAUGAGUAAGUUGCAAGUAGCACAGUAUGCUUUUAAAAUAAAGGUUAUCUCACUUGCAAUGAUGGAUAUAUCAACAUAUGAUGAAUGUAAAAAUUCUGAAUAUUAAGCCUAAAUUACAUCAUAUAUAAUUUAUUUUUCCAUAUUUUAUAGUUCAUUCAUAAAUGUAAAGAGCAUUCAACAACUGUCAUACUCCUUUAGUGAUAUUCAAAACACAUUUUGCCAUGAAGAAUCUCAGCAAUACCACCUAAAACAGAAUCCAAACGCAAAACUGUCUUGUUGAAGCCAGAGUAGGAGACAACAUUUUUGAGUUGAUAUUUGAUUUGUUUGAGAACAAUCUGUUAAAGAGGAGGGAAAAAAAACCCUCAUCUGACAUCAUUGAGUGAUCUUUGUCGUACUCAUAGCUCUGUCGAAUCCCACUCAUUGUAGGUCAAACAUCAUGUGAGUCCAAAUGGCCAACCUCCUAUUUGUUUCCCAUUAAGAAAUGAGAAGUGACUCUAGAAGGGAUCAUUGGUUACUAAACUGGUGCUCAGGAUUUCUAGGAUUGCUAGGGUUACAGCAAUAGAAAUAAAUCAACUGCAAAGUAUCUAUAAUGUAGGCAGCUUAUAUAUGUCACAGCCACUACAGUCUAUAGAACAGGCAGAGCCAAAGUAACCCAUUGCUCAGUGGUCUAUCCGCAGGCUGUUGCAGUUAGAGAUGGAAUCAGAUACUCAGCAGCAACAGGAAGCUCAAUGUCUCAUAGAUCACACAAGUCAUGAGGAGUGCUAUAGCUGUCGUACUGCUCUCAGUCCCAUUUUUUCUUUAAACCAUACAAAUUACAGCUUUCUAAGAUUUUGGUUGAUCGAAUCUUGGCUGCAAAUGUAAACCUCUUAAGUUAGAGUGACACACACAAAUGUUAUGAUGCAGUUGGGGUAGAAGAGGCUUCAAUCUCUUUCCCCAGUAAUAGUAAAGCCUUCCAACAAGCAUUUGUCAGCAUCACAGGUUUAAUGCAAUAAAGUGACUGCAAGACAUAUAGUACCACAGUUGUUUCAUGACAGAGGUGUACGCACCAUUAUAA